ACGGUGGUUUGCAUCUUCCAGGUUAAGUAGAAACGUUCCAAAGCGAUAAGAUCGUCUCUCGUGUGUGUUGCCAGAUCAGCGGACGCUAACUGGAAGAUUGCUGAGGAGCUCGUAAAAAGUGACCGCCAGCAAAAGCGCAUCGCAGAGCUCUUCACCCCCUGCUCCUUUCCUGAUGUUGCUUAUCUGGAACGAGUCCCUGUACUUGACCAGCAUACCCGGCGGAAUGUUUACCCGCGGAGAUUUCUGCGUCACUGAUUCCGUCAUCAACCGCCGCACCGCCUGAGCCCCGCUGGUCCGCGCCUCGCCCACCAUCAGUCCGAAGUGGCGUCCCACGGCAGUGCGCAUCAUGUUCAGGACUCUGUAAGGAGAGGUUGGGUUAGGCCACAAUGCCAACCUUCUAAAAAGACUGUGAGAGCGAACAACAUGGCCUCCACUGUCCUCAGGUGGGCCAUAACUGGGAACAAAGCGGUGUUCUGGACAGAGAUGGAUGGUUUCUCAAUGAUGUAGAAGUCGGCUGAAGCCAGGACCUGUCCACCUCUGGCCUGAUGAACUUUGCCAACUGAGCCCGCACUUUCUUCUCCUUCUUCACCGGGUUGAGUAUGGAGUCGAACACGAUGACUGCGCUUUUGUGCUUCAGGAGCGGUACGUUCACCACACUCUCUAAGGUCCUAAACGGUCCGUGUUUGCUCCUGUAGUCCACUAUGUUGUUGCACUUGCGUCCUCUGAGGAGCUUGACGCCGGCCAGCUCCUCCACUGAGGCGGUGUUGAGCAGCUGCAAGAUGGUGUCUCGCUGCUCGGUGGUGUAGCAGGAGUCCAAGACGGCGCCGUGCUCCUCUUCCUCACAGGACCCAGGGGACGGCGGAGAGAUGACGGCGGUUAGGCUUUCUACCCCGGCUACAGGGAUUCUGCUCGUCCAGCAACAUGUGCACUGGAGGUAGCGCAGCUCCGUCUCAAGAAGACAGCCUUGCAUAGGGCGUCGGAACAAGCCUGACUGACCUGCAUACUGACCUGCACAGGUAACACAAGUAGGACUGAAAGUGACGCAGGCUACAGCGCCUUCACCCAUGGCCAACUUGGACAGAAACAACAAAAUCUUACUCGAAUUAGUGCGACUGCCUUCCAACAACACGUGUGCCGACUGUGGAGCUCCUGAGCCUGGCUGGGCCUCCUACACUCUGUGUGUGUUUCUCUGUGUCCACUGCUCAGGGAUGCAUCGGAACUUGCCCACCAUCAGCAAAGUGAAGUCAAUACGCUUGGACCUAUGGGAAGACUCCCUCAUAGAGGCCAUGCGAGUAAGAGGAAACUCAUUCGCCAAAGCCACAUAUGAAAAACAUGUUCCCGCUUAUUUCUACCGGCCUCAGCAGACAGACUGUGUCGUUCUUAAGGACCAGUGGAUCCGCGCCAAGUACGAGAGAAGAGAGUUCACAGAAGAACAUUUCAUUCAUCCAUCUUAUGGCGCAGAUACCACACAGGUAGCACUGUGGAAGAAGCGCAAAGACAACAGGAACUUUUUCAAAAGGAUCUUCCUGCUGUCCCGUAGCGACUUUACCCUUAAAUACUUCACCAAAGAAAAUUCUAAAGAUCCCAAAGCUGUGAUCAGCAUGAAGGGGCUGAAUGCGGUUUUCCAGCCCGAGAAGAUCGGUCACACUCACGGACUGCAGAUCUCCUACUUGCACGAGGAACGGAGCAGGAACAUGUUUGUUUACCAUGAAAAUGGACAGGUCAUCGUUUCCUUUUUUAACGCAAUUCGUGCAACCCGCUUGGAGUACCUCCAGAAGAAGCAUCCCGCUCUCGGACUAAAUGAGUUAACGCCGCAGAUAACCGGGCAUUGCCUCAAGGAGGGGUUUAUGGAGAAAACUGGCCCAACGCAGCGUGAGUCAUUCAAGAAGAGGUGGUUCACGCUGUGCACAAUGAACAGGAAACUGCUUUAUUAUAAAUCCCCACUGGACGCCACAGAGCUGGGCGCCGUCUUCAUCGGCACCGAGAGCCACAACUACUCUGUGACGGGGGACAGCAGACGCAGCUCCAGAGGAGGCCGCUGGCACUGCGCCAUCACUCUGCAGACUCCUGAGAGGCAGUUUAUGUUCAUGUGUGAACAGGAACAGGAGCAGCAGGAGUGGAUAGAGGCAUUUAGAAAGGUUAUAGGUCAGCCCAUGACCCCUGAAGACUACGCUAAUGAAGCCAACUUGAGAAGAGGAAAAUGACGACUAGCAUCUCAAGUGUUUAACACAAGUAAACAAAGGAAAUGGGACACACGGCCAUGACACCUAUAGGAAGUCAAGACUGAAAAAAUGUAUGCACUGUAAGUGGUCACUGGUCACCAACUUCUGCUCUUUUGAAAAUACUUUUUGCAGGAUUUCCAUUAAUCCAGAAGAACAUUAGUGAGGUCAAAGUUCAUCAUGUUAGCUAGGGUGUGCUUUUAACAGAAAGCUCACCCAAAAUGUCUUAAGGUGAACAAAUGAUUAAUACAACAAUAAUGCAAUUACACAAUUACUAGAUGAUACUGAAUAAAGGGCAAAACGUUUUUUCAAAUCAUUUUAAAACCAGCAUUUUAAAAUAAGUGAAUUACAUUAAAUAAAUUACAUAUUUCUUAGCUGAUUUUUUGAUGACUAUAUUUCAUUCAUGACUGUUAUUUUUGAAUUAGCAGCACUCCUCUGUUGUUUACUAGCUUGCAAACAACUUUUCCUUCAGAGCAAUGGUGUAUGUGAGUGACAGGAAGAAAAGCUCAGACUCGCUUGGAAACUCCACAGAUAAGUAAUAAAUAAUCUGGGAAAAAAAUUUAAUUUUAUAUUCGGGUCAAUAUGGUAAUUGAUAUAAUAUUUAAUUGGAUUGGUUGGUGAUAUUUAU